ACGAACUUCCAUUCCCUUCGCGUCCGGAGCGGCCAUUUUUUCAAUCUUUUUUAGGCUUUCUGUCCUGCAUCUGGAGCCCAGGUUUCUGUGCUAUGGAGAAGCUGAAAACAAACCACAGGGAGACCGCUGAGAACCCUGAAAGCCAGGAAGUGGAACUGUUAACAUUCAGGGAUGUAGUCAUUGAUUUUACUGAAGAGGAGUGGGAAUGCCUUCAGCCUGCUCAGAAAAAUUUAUAUAGAGAUGUGAUGCUAGAGAACUAUAGAAACUUGGCCUUCCUGGCCAUGACUUCUAAUCCCACCCAAGAAUAUUCACCAGAAAAGGACCUAAAACAUAUAUUUAAUGAAGUGAUAAGUGCAAAAUAUAGAAGUUGUGAUCUUGACUAUUUGCAACAAAAGAAAAUAUGGAAAACUACCAGUGAGAGUGAACACCAGAAAUCAUAUAAAAAAUCAGGCCUUGUUCACCACCAGAGAAUUUUUACUGGAGAGAAGUCCUACAAAUAUGAAAAAUGUUGCAAAGCUUUUAGUAAAAAAAAAGGUCUUAUUUACCACAGAGGAACCCACAAUGGAGAGAAGCUCUACAAAUGUAAAGAAUGUGGCAAAGCUUUUGGUCGAAAAUCAAAUCUUAUUCGCCACAGCAGAACUCACACCGGAGAGAAGCCCUACAAAUGUAAAGAAUGUGGCAAAGCUUUCAGUCAAAAAGUAGGCCUUAUUUACCACAGCAGAACUCACACUGGGGAGAAGCCCUACAAAUGUAAAGAAUGUGGAAAAGCUUUUGGUCGAAAAUCAAACCUUAUUCGCCACAGCAGAACUCACACUGGAGAAAAGCCCUACAAAUGUAAAGAAUGUGGCAAAGCUUUCAGUCAAAAAGAAGGCCUUAUUUACCACAGCAAAAGUCACACUGGGGAGAUGUCCUACAAAUGUAAAGAUUGUGGCAAAGCUUUUCAUUACAAAUCACACCUUGUUAACCACAGCAGAACACACACUGGAGAGAAGCCCUAUAAAUGUAAAGAUUGUAGCAAAGCUUUUGGUCGAAAAUCAUACCUUAUUUACCACAGGAGAACACACACUGGAGAGAAGCCCUACAAAUGUACUGAAUGUGGCAAAGCUUUUGGUCACAAAUCACAGCUUAUUUGCCACAGCAGAAAUCACAGUGGAGAGAAGCCCUACAAAUGCACAGAAUGUGGCAAAGCUUUUGUUGCCAAAUCAAACCUUAUUCACCACAGCAGAACUCACAGUGGAGAGAAACCCUACAAAUGUAAAGAAUGUGGCAAAGCUUUCAGUCAAAAAGUAGGCCUUAUUUACCACAGGAGAACUCACACUGGGGAGAAGCCCUAUAAAUGUAAAGAAUGUGGCAAAGCUUUUGGUCGAAAAUCAAACCUUAUUUGCCACAGGAAAACUCACACUGGAGAGAAGCCCUACAAAUGUGAUGAAUGUGGCAAAGCUUUUGGUCAAAAAACAGACCUUUUUAGGCACAGCAGAACUCACAGUGGAGAGAAGCCCUACAAAUGUAAAGAUUGUAGCAAAGCUUUCAGUCUAAAAUUAUACCUUCUUCGCCACAGCAGAACUCAUACUGGAGAGAAGCCCUACAAAUCUAAAGAAUGUGUCAAAGCUUUUAGUCAAAAAGUAGGCCUUAUUUACCACAGGAGAACUCACACUGGGGAGAAGACCUACAAAUAUAAAGAAUGUGGCAAAGCUUUCAGUCAAAAAGAAGGCCUUAUUUACCACAGCAGAAAUCACACUGGGGAGAUGUCCUACAAAUGUAAAGAUUGUGGCAAAGCUUUUCAUCACAAAUCACACCUUGUUAACCACAGAAGAACUUACAGUGGAGAGAACCCCUACAAAUGUACAGAAUGUGGCAAAGCUUUUGGUCAAAAAAUAGGCCUUAUUCGCCACAACAGAACUCAUGGAGAGAAGCCCUACAAAUGUAAAGAAUGUGGCAAAGCAUUUUCUGAGAAAACAGGUUUUAUUUGCCACAGCAGAACUCACACUAGAGAGAAGCCUUACAAAUGCAAAGAAUGUGGCAAAGCAUUCAGUCAAAAAUCACACCUUAUUUGCCACAACAGAACUCACACUGGAGAGAAGCCUUACAAAUAUAAGGAAUGUGGCAAAGCUUUUAGCAAUAAAACAGGCGUUAUACACCACAACAGAACUAACACUGAAGAAUAGCCCUACAAAUGUAAAUAAUGUGGCGACACUUUUAAUAAAAAAUAAAACUUUAUUCACCACAGCAGAAGACAUCCUGGUGAAUGUAAAAUGUGAAUAAAGUGAUAAUAACUUUUAAAGAAAAACUAAACCUUGUGGCUGGGGUUGUGGUUCAGUGGUAGAAUGCUAGCCUCGCAUUUGUGAGAUCCUGGUUCAAUCCUCAGUACCACAUAAAAUAAAUAAGUGAAAUAAAGGUAUUGUGUCCAACUACAACUAAAAAAUAAACAUUAAAAAAAGGAAAAACUAAACCUUAUUAACUACAGAAUUUAUACAGAAAAGAACCCCUACAAAUUAAAAAACGCAGCAAAUAUCUUAAUAAGAAAUCAAUUCUUUUCACCACUAGGCUAUUUAUUCUGGAAAGAAGACAUGUAAAUGUAGAGAAUGUAGAAAAAUUUUAAGUUAUAUAUCAUACAUUACUAGACAUCAGAGAAAACACUGGAGAGAAGCUCUACAAAUGAGACCAUUGUACCAUUACUCUAAGAAAGGGACAACAUUUAAUCAUCACCACAAUAACCAUAGCAUAGAGAAAGUUUUGAAAUGUGAAAAUUAACAAUGUGUCAAUGCCUCCAAAAUUUAUUCACCAAUACUCAGUACCUGUGGAUACAUACUGGUUAGAGAAAAUACAAAUGGGAAAAAAAUUGUAGCCACAUGUUUCUUAAACACUGCUUAUUUUUGGAGAAUUCAUUGUGCCCAGAAACCCUAAAAAGUUAAAUAAUAUUUCCAAAACGUAUUUAAAUUUUAAAUUCAUUGAACAUCUGAAAACUCAUACUAGUAGUGAACAUUGAACAGAUUUUGUCCAAAAUGUAUGCCUUAUAUAACAAUGAAACAUUUAUAAUAAAUGUGAGAGUAUAGUAAA